CUGGUUCUGGGUGAUGUAGUUCCUGGAUUUGUGUAUAAAAAGGCGGCUCCGAUUCAGUAUCGGCGUCACAGUUAGUUGGUGUGUUUAGAAGUUUGCAAGGAAGCCAAAUAUUUCCGCUAGAAGAACCAAAAAUGAAAGUCGCUGCCCUGUUCGUUGUGUUCGCUCUGGCCCUCGUGGCUGAAGCUCAACCCGCGUGGCCAUGGGCUCCAUGGCCUGCCGCGUGGCCCGCUGCUUGGCCUCAUGCCGCCUAUCCGUGGGCAUGGCCAGCUGCCGCUCCAGCUCCGGCUCCAGUGGUAGCCGUUGAUGCCCCAGCCGCUCCGGAACCGGUCGCCACCUCAGUAACGGCCACCCGCGGAGCUGUCCACGUUGCCCCUCUGCCCGGUCAUGCCAUCAACCAGCAGCAGCUGAAUUUGGCUCCCGCUCCAGGAACUGCCUAGAACUGUCGACCCCCGAAUGACGCCAAACGAUACUCAGAAGUCAAUCGCUGUACCCGAUGCCAUUUAUUCCUGUCCACGCCGUAUCAUCUUUAUCCUUUUUGCCUACUCUGAACUUUUAAUGCGGAUGGAUCUAUGAAUAAAAAAUGCUUUUUAUUUUAUUUCUCUAUAAAUGAAUGGAAACAAUCA